AUGAUAGAAAUUGAAGAUCUUCAGAUGUGGUUGCAACGAUGGACUCCGGAUUUUAAGCCUGAAGAGGAUAUCCCAUUGGCACCCAUUUGGGCUCUACUACCAGGUUUGCCAUUUCAUAUGCAUAAUUGGGUAUAUAUUAAGCAAAUAGUUGAGGCUGCCGGAACACCCAUAGAAGUGGAUCUUGCUACCAAAAAUAUGAAUAGACCAAGUAUGGCUAAAGUCAGAAUUGAAAUCGAUUUGCUUAAACCAUUGGUAACGAAUGUCUGGAUUGGUAAUGAAGAUGAGGACAGCCCUCUUAGGGGGUUCACUCAGAAAAUUGAAUACGAAAGCAUCCCAAAAUAUUGCAAGCAUUGUAGGAAACUUGGUCACAAUUUGGCAAACUGCAGGACCAUUGAAAAGAAAAAAUUGGAGCAAAAUCAGGUGAAUCCUACCAUCAAAGAGAACAUCAAGGAACCAAAGUUGAAUACUAAUAGCAAGAAUGAUUUGAAAGGUGUCCAGGAUGUUAAAGGUGCUCAGGAUCUUAACUUGCAAAAAAACAAUAGAGGAAGAGAGAGGCAGAUUACCAAUAAGGAUUUUGGGAAACAUAAAAGAGGCAAAAGUGAGCCUCCCAAAGGAUACUUCAGACCUACUGGAGCUAUUUUUGGGAAAGAUAAGCCUUUACCUACAUCAGAGAAAACUAGCACUAAUAUUACUAACAAUACUAAGCAAAACGAAUCAGAUAUGGAAAAAAAGAAGGAAGAUGAUGAAAUACAUGUUAUUCAGAAGGGAGAUGAUGAAAUACAAGUCAAUAAUAUUCCUGAGGCAAGUGAAAAGGCUGAAGGGGGGACAGAAAGUAACAGAAAGGAUCAAGGCAAAAGAGAGACUUUUAUGAUCAAAGAUCCCAGUGAGCUUCAUGUUGACUUGUUUGGAGAAGAUUGGCAAGAACCAAAUAUAAAAAAAGACAAGAAGAACAAGUCCAAAAAUGGAAGUCCUAGGCAUAAUCAAAUGGUGUCAAACACUAAUCAGUCCGCUGGAAUUAUCGAUGAGGAUCAUAACAGAUUUACUACUUUGAAUAAUGAAUCCGAGAGCACUGAGGAUGAGGAGGAGCAAGAACAAGAUAAAUAUGAGGAUACUUACGAAGGUGAAGAAGGAAAGCAAUGA